GCUGCCCCUCCCUCCGCUCCCGGAAGAGUCCGUCCGGAAAAGCCGCCGCCUCGCCAGCGGGCCGGGCGGCACCGGCCGGCUCCUCGGCUGUACCAGGCCGUCGCGGCUCCCGGCCGAGGGACGCAGGGCCCGGCUGGGCAGUGGCAGCGCGGCCGCGGGGCGGAGGGGUCCGCGCCGGGUCCGGCCCUCGGCGGUGUCGGCGCCCGGCUGGCGGGGAGGGAGAACCGCGUUGCACCGCCGCGCCCUCCCCUCCCCUUCCCGGCGGAGGCAGCGCCACGUCUCGGGCAGGAGCCGGCGCCGGGCGGGCGGCCCCAGAGGAUGCAGCUCCUUGAUGAUUACAACUUUGGCGGCGAGCUGUUUUCAUGAUCUCCUGGAAUUACCAGCUGCCUGCUGCACACCAACAGCUGUGAAGCUCAGAGCUGUGCUCCUGGGUAACAUCUUGAUGCUGUUGUUGCGGAUGGAGAGAAACAGGACUUGGUAGUUCACUUGGAAGCAAAUUAUUCAGAAGAAAAACUUUCUAGAGAUCUGGAUCAUUUUUACCAUGGACUCCUCAUCUGUUCAGCAGGAUGUUCAUUUGGAGAAUAGAAGCAGUAAUGGGGCCCCUAGCAGCUCUGAAGAACUUUUGGAUUGUAAAGCCAAGUCAGAUUUGCCAGUUACAGCAGAUGAAGUUAACACUACCAGUGUUAACAUCAGUGAAGUGCCAAAUGAAGAGGGAAGUCUGGAGAUAAACUGCAAAGUGGAUGCCUGCCAGAAUGGGCCAGAGUCGUUCUUCCCUGACUCUCCUGUAUCUUUUGACCCCACCAGCAGUGCACAGGGUCAAGAGUCAUCCCCAGGUGUGACUGGUUUCCAUGGCAGCCUAAGGAAGUCUCAGGGAACUAGUGCUGAGGGCAUAGUUCUUAGAAAAGAAGCUUUGCAGUCUCUCAAACUAAGUCUUCCCAUGCAAGAAACUGAAUUGUGCUCAGUAGAGUCUUCACUCCCAUUGGAGAAAGAAGAACAAAUAAGACUUCAAGCAAGAAGACGGCUAGAAGAACAGCUCAAACAAUACAGAGUGAAGAGACAUCAAGAAAGAUCGAAUCAGUCUACAUCCAAACACCGGCCCUCCAGCACCCUAGAUCCUGAGCUGAUGUUAAAUCCAGAAAUCUUGCCAAGAGCCAGCACUGUAGCAAUGACAAAAGAAUACUCCUUUUUGCGGACCAGUGUCCCCAGGGGGCCAAAACUGGGUAGCCUGGGACUUCCAGCAUCCUCAAAAGAGAGAAGAAGUUCAAAAUCUAAGGCCAGUAAGAUCCGGUCCUUGGCUGACUACAGAACUGAAGAUACAGGCUCUAGAAAUGCUACUGGGAAUUUUGUGGCUACUGAUUUAUCUGGUGGGACUCUGAAGCAAAGCAGAAGUGGUCCAACAUCAGUUGUUUCUGAGAUUAGUCUACCCUCUGACACAGAUGAUCGAAUAGAGAAUUCCUCCUUGGCAGAAGAUAGUGUUUCAGAGAUUGAUGGGAGUGAAGUGGGAAUGAGGCUGGAUGGAAAUGAGAGUGACAGCUCUACCUACAGCAGUGUGUCAGGAAAAGGGCUGUAUAACAGUUUACAGAAUGCAGAAGGCAGACAGGGUAUUCCAUAUACAGUAAAUGGUCAGAAGAUACAUCCUGAUGCAAUGGGGCAAUUUCCUUCCAUCAGCGAGGUGCUACAGGCUGCAGCAGUGGAGCAUCAAGCCCAAGAACAAGAAAUUAAUGGGGAAGUACGGAGUAGGAGAGACAGUAUUUCUAGCAGUGUUUCUAUGGAAAGCUCUAUCGCAGGAACUCAUGACGAAAUGUUGCAGGUUCUGAAGGAGAAGAUGAGACUUGAAGGGCAACUAGAAGCACUCUCACUAGAAGCUAAUCAGGCUCUCAAAGAGAAGACUGAGCUACAAGCCCAACUGGCAGCUCUGAACAUGAAGCUUCAAGCGCAGAUGGAGCACAGCCAAAACAGCCAGCAGAAGCAGGAAUCUCUGAGCUCAGAAGUGGCCACAUUAAAGCAGUCUUGCUGGGAUCUGGAACGCGCAAUGGCUGACCUGCAAAAUGCGUUGGAAGCAAAGAAUGCUAGUUUGGCUUCUUCAAAUAAUGAUUUGCAGUUAGCAGAGGAACAGUACCAAAGACUCCUGCUGAAGGUUGAAGAUAUGCAAAAAAAUGUUCUCACCAGAGACAGCACAGUUCAUGAUCUACGACAGCAGAUGGCUUCCUUACAGAACCAGCUUCAGAAGGUGCAGUUGGAACGGACCACACUGACCAAUAAGCUAAAGGCAUCUGAAACAGAAAUCACAUCACUCCAAAACGUGCGGCAGUGGUACCAGCAGCAGCUUGUACUAGCACAGGAGGCCCGUGUCAGGCUGCAGAGCGAGAUGGCCAAUAUACAGGCUGGGCAAAUGACCCAAGCAGGUAUGUUGGAACAUCUCAAACUGGAGAAUGUGGCACUGUCUCAGCAGCUGACUGAAACCCAGCACAGGUCCAUUAAAGAAAAGGAGCGUAUUGCAGCACAGCUGCAAAAUAUUGAGGCUGACAUGUUAGAUCAAGAAGCUGCCUUCAUGCAGAUUCAGGAGGCUAAAACCAUGGUGGAAGAAGACUUGCAGAGAAAACUAGAGGAGUUUGAGGAUGAAAAAGAACAGCUUCAGAAAAUGGCUGAUUCUGCAGCAACACUGGAGCAAGAAUUGGAACAGGUCAAGUUGACUUUGCAUCAGCGAGAUCUGCAGCUUGAAUCUUUACAGCAAGAACACCUAGACCUAAUGAAGCAAUUCACUCUGACCCAAGAGACAUUGCACACCAAAGAGCAGUCCCUGGAUGACCUGCAAACACAGUAUGAUGAACUGAAGGCCAGAUUAGAAGAGUUCCAAAGUGAUGCUACGUCUAAAGAUGACAUGAUCCAGUAUUUGCAGAAUGAGAAGAUUGUCUUGGAAGUAGCUCUGCAGGCAGCAAAAACGAGCAAAGAGCAACUUGACGAAGGAGCGGCUCGCCUUGGAGAAGAUACAGAAGUAGCAUCUCAAGUCUUGGAACAACUGAGGCAAGAAAUGGCAAUCAAGUCAAGCCAGGUAGAAAAUCUACAACAAGAAAAUGCCAGCCUUAAAAAACAGGUUCAAAAAGUGAAGGAACAGUUCCUGCAGCAGAAGGUAAUGGUGGAAGCUUAUCGAAGAGAUGCAAGUUCUAAGGACCAGCUGAUUAGUGAACUGAAAGCUACAAAGAAGCGACUGGACUCGGAAGUGAAAGAGUUAAAACGAGAGCUACUGAAAAUUCAAGUUGAAAAACAGUCACUUGAAUCUGAACAUUCAAAACUACAGAAGGAAGUAUCUCAGGUUCACCAGCAGAUGGUGGAAAUAGAAAAUCAGCUUCAGUCAGUGCAGAAAGAACGAGAUGAUAUGGAAACACGCCUACAGUCUUUGCAGUUCAAUAAGGAACAAAUGGCAUCUCUUGCUGAGGAAAAUCAGGCAUUAAAACAACAAGUAGAACAAAUGCAAGAAGAAGCAAAAAAGGCCAUUACUGAGCAGAAACAGAAGAUGAAGCGUCUAGGGUCAGAUCUGACGAGUGCUCAGAAAGAGAUGAAAGCAAAACAUAAAGCCUAUGAGAAUGCAGUUGGCAUUCUUAGUCGUCGGCUGCAGGAAUCUCUGGCUGCAAAGGAAUCUGCUGAAGCAGAGUUGAGCAAACUAAAAACGCAAAUCACUGAUGGUGGAAACAACCAGAUUGCUCAAGAAAGGAUUCAAGCUCUGGAGACAGAAUUGCAAGCUGUUAGCAGCAGUAAGUUGAUGCUGGAAAAAGAGCUGCAAGAAGUGAUUUCACUUACCAGCCAGGAGCUUGAAGAAUACAGAGAGAAAGUGCUGGAACUUGAGGAUGAGCUUCAGGAAUCUAGAGGCUUCAGGAAGAAGAUAAAACGCUUAGAAGAAAUUAAUAAGAAGUUGGCCCUUGAACUGGAGCAUGAACGUGGAAAACUUACAGGUCUUAGUCAGUCCAACGCUGCUUUGCGGGAGCACAAUAAUAUCCUCGAAACAGCACUAGCAAAAAGAGAGGCAGACUUGGUACAACUGAAUCUACAGGUUCAGGCUGUCUUAAAGCGGAAAGAGGAAGAGGAUCAGCAAAUGCAGCAACUUAUUCAAGCUUUGCGGGCUUCCUUAGAGAAAGAAAAGUUAAAAGUUAAAGACCUUAAGAAGCAGGAAGCAGCAGCCAAAGCGGAUGCAGCACAUAACCGCCGUCAUUACAGAGCUGCUGCGCUCGAGCUCAGUGAAAUCAAGAAAGAGCUACAUGCCAAAGAACUGCUUGUCCAAGCCCUUCAGGCUGAAGUGGACAAACUGCAGGCAGAGGAUGAAAAACAUUCCCAGGAGGUAUCACAGUUUCAGGAAGAGCUAGCAGAAGCCAAGUCUCAGCUCCAACUUCUGCAGAAAAAGCUGGAUGACAAACUUAGUGAACAGCCUGUAGUAAGCCAAGAGGUGGAAGACCUCAAGUGGGAAGUAGAACAAAAAGAAAGAGAAAUUGAAACACUUAAGCAGCAGUUGGAUAUGAGUGAACAGCGCAGCCACAAAGAGUUGGAAGGGAUACAAGUUGUCUUGCAGAAUAUCAAGACUGAGUUGGAAAUGGUGAGGGAAGACCUGUCACUGACUCGGAAGGAUAAGUUUAUGCUGCAGGCUAAAGUGACUGAACUGAAGAACAGUAUGAAGUCGCUGCUGCAGCAGAACCAGCAGCUGAAGUUGGACUUGAAGCAUGGCAAGAUGAAGAAGAAGAAGGAACUGAAAGGAGAGAAUAACUCUUCAAAUCCUGUGACUCCAGUCAAGAUUCCUGAUUGUCCAGUGCCCGCUGCCUUGCUGGAAGAACUGUUGAAACCAUCGACAGCUGUGAGCAAGGAGCCUUUAAAAAAUCUGAACAGCUGUCUCCGGCAAUUAAAGCAAGAAAUGGACAGCCUUCAGCGUCAGAUGGAGGAACACACCAUUACAGUACAUGAGUCAAUGUCUUCGUGGACUCAGAUUGAGGGGCAACUAAUGGACUUUACUUCUACCAGUCCUGCAACUGCAUCAGAUCAGCAGGAGAUUCCUGAUGUAGAAGAAAAGAAACAGAACUGUAACGUUAGUAACCAGGAAGCUUUGACACUAUAACCCCCUUAUCAGUUGUCUUUCUUCCUAUUGCUUUAAUCACAGGCCAGUAGGGAGCUUUGCUUCACUGCACAAACACUUCUUGCACCUUUUUAGUUCGACUUUUGAAGUAGACACCCUUGAAAAAAGGUAUGUGUGUAAUAUAUAUAUAUAAGAAAUCAUAAUUUUUUGACUCUGAAUAUCUGUUCUAAUAUGCUUAUAUACUGUAAGAUAAGGCUGACAUGAGGGGGUUUUGUUACUGUCGUUGAUUUAAUGUUACAUUUAAGUUCGCUGGUUUUUGACAUACUGUACAAGUGGUUUAGGGAAAUUAGCCCCUAAAGCCAGAAAUGUAAUUAUUUUUACUUUAAAAUACAAAAUUAUAAUGCCUAUAAAAUUAUUAUUUUUAUUAGCUUUAUCUUCUUCCACACACUUCCCCUACUUUUUGCACCCUCUAUUACAAGGUGACCAUCAUGAAUGGAAAUGUUGGUACUGUGGCAGCCCCUCUGCAGGGCACCUUGACUAGAUCAUUAUUAAAGCAGCCUGCUUUAGAUUCGUUUGCCUUUGGUCCUGUUGCUCCACGUGGCUCAUAGUGCAGCAAUAAACCUGCCCUCUCUUUCAAAAAUCCUGUGUGGAGGGGGACUUUCUUUCAGAAAUUCCAUCAAUUAUAUCCAGUAUAGUUUGGAGUUUAAAAAAUCCCCAAAAUCUACUAAGUAUACAAGUAGAUUAAGUGGCGGGGGGGGUGCGGAAUUCUAGUUUCCGUAUUUUUCCAGAGAUUGCUGCUGCUUUUGGAUGGGUUUGGUAGUUGGGGGUGAAUGACUGUAGUUUGCUUAGGACAGUAGGAUGUCAUGUCACUGUAAGUGACAAAAGGCAAAAAAUAAGCAAACAAAAACCCCAAACCCACCUGUAUUUAUCCAAAGUCUGAUUUCUCAGAACUAGCAAUUCAAGCUCCAGUCCAGUUGAACGCUUUGCACCCAAAGUGUCUAUACUGACUGAUUUCAUGCCCCUCAGCUACUGGAUUUUAACUUACGAUUUAUUGAGAUCAAAGUCAAGUGAUGCUAGAAGUCAAAGUUUUGAAAUUGGUGAAGGAAGAAAUGCAUUGUCAUGGCAUUAAGUGCCCGUCAGACAGAGGUACCAAACAGUUCAAAGAACAGUCAAAAGCUUUACAGACUAGCUUAGAUACGUUAAUGUCUGCAUACUGCCGCAGUCUACUUUGCAGAGUAUAUGGUACUGAUUAUCUCACUGCUGUCAUGUUCUUGAAGUUGCCUGUAUAUUAAGCUUAAAGAAGAAAAAACCCCAAUGCAGUAUUGUUACAGAACAAAGUUAGAAGUAUGUAAUGAAUAAUAUAUUCAAGUAUAAAAAAGUUUUCAAAUGUUCAGGAUUUUAAAUAAACUUAACACUUGUGCGGCAUUAAUGUUGCUGUUCAUUUUAGUAAAUACACUGCCUUCAGUUAAGAAUUCAUUAUGUUUUAAUCUCUGAAGUUUGGCAACACUUGUAUGGACAAAGCUUUUAUAAGGUAUCAAAGAAGCCAGAAUUGUUAGAAGCCUUCGUAGUUCUUCAAAAUCUCUGCUCUACUCUCCUUUUUGUAUCAAUAAUCAUACUGCAUUCUGUUUUCAGUGCAGUCCUGCAUUUUCUCACUAGCUCCUUAAAGACAUCUGAGGUUACACAAUCAAGUAGCCUUAGGUGCGUCCUUUUCUUUUUGAAGAUGAGGGAGCAGUGGUGAAGUGCUCAGGUUAUGUUUCCACACUGACCCACCUGUUGCUCUCUGAAAGUACCUGGACAUGAGGUAUUUUUGCUUUAUAUUCACCUUGUGUUUUUUCUACAAACAGAAGCACCAUGCUUAAAUGAAGGACAAAUGGUGAGACUUUUGAGGGUCUAAAUCUAGUGAGGUACUAAGUCAAUUAAUUUACAGAAGUCACUGGGAAACCUUCUAGAAGGAGUACACAGCACAUGAUAAAAGCAAGGCCUUUUAUUUGAAGCUCAUCAACAAUGUUUCUUAAUUAUCCAGAGAAAUAGUUGCUGUUUUAUUAAAAAGCCUCACCCUGAGGCUGAGCCUGCUUGCUCUACAGAGCUUCAGGUCUCUGCUGUCUAAGCAAUAAAACAAACUAGUUGUAGGAAUGAAAACUGUCUCCCCUCUGUCUGUCACAGCAAUGCCAGAUCAGAGGAAAAUCUGAACAAUACUCUCUUAAAGACUUGUCUUUUUCUUUUUCAAGCACUGCAAUAGAAUGUAUUUUCUGUGUCUGUUUCUUCAGUGGUUGCUAUCUACUAAACCAAGUCUUUAUGAAGGAGAAAUGUCACUGCAGUGUGUUUCCCAAGUGAUUAAAGUUGGUAAAUGCUGCAGCAUUACUUAUUCAGAUGCUGUUUGGGGUUUUGAGAACUCUUUAAUAAUUUUGCGUUUAAAAAAACCCAAAACCAAAACAUGGCCAAAAGAACCCAGCAAACUGUACAAUGGAAAAAAAAUGUUGGAGUCUCUGAUGUUGCUGAACGUUGCAUAAUGCUCCAUUCUAUUGUCUUCCGGAUUUCUUGGAAAUAUUUGUGCACUGUAUUGGGAUCAGUUGAGCCCCUUACCCACUCAUGCAAGGGGGGGAUCUGGUCCCAUACUGUUUAUUCAGGCAAUACUCUAACUGAAAUACAUGAGAAUUUCACAUGUGUAAAGAGUAAAGUAACAUCCAGAAUGGAAGUUCUGGUGCUUGCAUUUUCAUGGAUUAUGUAUUCCUCCAUAGGGGAGUGAACUGCAGUGGCAUGGAUGUUUUAAUGUUAGCUAUGAGAACCUGAAAGGUGCACUGGGGACAGAUAGUAUUAUCAAUAUAAAUUUAACUUAAAAGAUGACAAAUUCACUACAGGUGAUGCAAAAGUACGUGAUUUAUGUUUUAUUAACUUUGCCAGGGAAGUGUGAAUAGUUGCAUGUGACUUGCUGUGACCAGAGCCUUUAAUUAUUUUCAUGUGAAAGCAAUUACUAGUCCAAAGUAAUUACUACUGCUCAUCAGCUGUCAUCUGAUCACUCUUGUCUUCUAUACUAUUGUGUAACACUUCAGUCUUGGGCAGUAGGGCAGCCUAAUUUCCAAUACAGAUGCACAGAUUUCUAGGGAAAGAUAUUCUGGAUAUUGUAAAUGAAAUACUGUUAUGUUUUAUACAUGACAUUCAGUAAUGUCUGCUUAGGCUGUAUUUGUAAAGAUAGAAGUUAAUAAUUUCAUGUUCUUGAGUGGGUAACCCAGGGGAUGGAGGAGUUACGCUAUGUACAAUUAAUAUUUAUGAUCAUACAAAGCAUGUUGAUUAUAAAAAUAAUGUGCAUAGGAAUUCCUUUAAAAGUUUUGUGCAAUAAACUAUUUUUGGUAAAGGG